GGACUCUUCCGGUCCCUAAAGCAAGAAAGAAGACCGAGAAAAGGAAGCGGACAAGGCGAAUCCCGGGGCAUACGCUUGACACACAAGCACACAAAAAGAGCUUUAGUCUCGAAAGAGGAAUUACCGAAGUGUUGAGAGAGGAAUUUUAAGAAGUUUACAACUCCGUCUUCGCCCUAGACGCACGCUGACCCGGAAAGUAAUCACCUGAAGCUAGGUCAAAGGCGGGGGUUCUACGGAUGCCGGGAAGAGGGCGCGCGCCCAUCCUUUUAGCACCGCGAGAGGCGCCGGUGUUUCGAGCCGUGGCACCGGCAUCGGCUGACACUGCUGCCUCCAGCUAGUUAUUUCGUCCUCUUCCGUUCUUCACCCCUACACCUUGGAGGUGAACUUCUCACCUGAGGGCUGUAAAGACUAGUUUGAAAAUGGAGAGCCAAGAACCAACGGAAUCUUCUCAGAAUGGCAAACAGUAUAUCAUUUCAGAGGAGUUAAUUUCAGAAGGAAAAUGGGUCAAGCUUGAAAAAACAACGUACAUGGAUCCUACUGGUAAAACUAGAACCUGGGAAUCAGUGAAACGUACAACCAGGAAAGAACAGACUGCGGAUGGUGUCGCGGUCAUCCCCGUGCUGCAGAGAACGCUUCACUAUGAGUGUAUCGUUCUGGUGAAACAGUUCCGACCACCAGUGGGGGGCUACUGCAUAGAGUUCCCUGCAGGUCUCAUAGAUGAUGGCGAAACCCCAGAAGCAGCUGCUCUCCGGGAGCUUGAAGAAGAAACUGGCUACAAAGGGGACGUUGCUGAAUGCUCUCCAGCGGUCUGUUUGGACCCAGGCUUGUCAAACUGUACCGUACACAUCGUGACAGUCACCAUUAACGGAGAUGAUGCCGAAAACGCAAGGCCAAAGCCAAAGCCAGGGGAUGGAGAAUUUGUGGAAGUCAUUUCUUUACCCAAGAAUGACCUGCUGCAGAGACUCGAUGCUCUGGUAGCUGAAGAACAUCUCACAGUGGACGCCAGGGUCUAUUCCUACGCUCUAGCGCUGAAACAUGCCAAUGCGAAGCCAUUUGAAGUGCCCUUCUUGAAAUUUUAAGGCCAAAUAUGACACUGGCCACUUUUGUAAACGAGACCACCAGGCCUUCUUCACUAAGACUUUGUAUUCAACUUAGUUUAAUAUAGAUUUGCCAUUAGCUUUUUCGUAAAAUAAAAGCACAGAACAGAUGUGGUGGUGGUAUGGAAUUGUAAUUACAGGUAGGUUAUGACCUUCAUUUAAAUUUGUUAUAACUCCAGCUAAAAUUAACAAAAAAAGAAUAUAAAUGCAAGUAUGUUUACUCCAAUUUUUUAAAGCUCAACAGCAGUUAACUACAGCUCAAUUACUUUUCUGGUCUAGUCUGGUAGACGGGGGUGUUUGUAUAGAAAAACAGACCUGACUUCUCAGAUCAUUUCCACUCUCAACCCCCAAUAUAAAAUUCUAAGCUGGGUAUGCAAGUAACCAUGUACUCCGUUAGUGUUUAAAACAGCGUUAAAACGAAAAAAAAAAAAGGCUUUCUGGCCUUUUCUAAUUGAAUUUUUACUAUGCAAAAUUCAUCUAGGGUAGUUGAAUCCAACUAGGGUAGGAUUCAAUAGAAUCCUCUACUAGUUUUAAGUCCACCUAUUUACUGAAGCUGCACCAGCUUUUAAGUAAGGAAAAUGGUUGAUUCCAUUCACUACACCAAGGCUAGGAGACUAAUGAAAAUUCAGGUCCAUCCCUCAAGCAUCUGCACAUACUUGAGGAUCUCUUUUCCUAUUCUUACCUCAAAGAGUACUUGAAGUUUCUGAAAACAAAUCCAUAAGACUGACAUGGUUUGCGGCAGUAAUAUCUUGAUGUUAAACCAUGAACAGAACCAGCAAGAUCAGCCAGUACCUGAAACCCAAUACAGAGAAGUACAGAUUGAUCUGGCUCCCAUGCCUGAAUCCCUGUCAUCCAGCAGUUCUACCAGUGUUCCUGGGCCAUUUUCUUAGCCUCUUGAGUGAGUUUAGCUCUUUUUGUGUUGACUUUUAGGGCCUCCAGCAGCUCCAUGAUUUUCCAGGACUUUCCAGUCUGGCCCCCACAGAAGUCUCAGGAUUAUUCUCAUCCAGCCCUAAGUCAUGUUUCUAGCCUGGCUCCAGCGGGUAAGCCAGGCCCUGAGAACCAUAUGAAAGGGCUCUCCAGAUAAAAUCAGAGUGCUAAUGCCAGAAUGCUGCAGUAUCCUCCAUUUGUCCACAGGCUCACUGUCUGAGCCCAGGAUAUGUUUAUGAGUGAAACUAUAAGAUCUUUACACUGGACUUUCUAAAGAUAAAACAAUUAUGGAAAUACAGAACUUUACAGAUGAAGCUGUCCAGCCCUAUACAUGUGAAAAUUAAGACCCAACUACUCCCUAUAAUGGUAGCCUUCCCCUAUGCCUCUAACCCUUUUUAAAAUCCUGAUUUCAAUCACAGGCAUUGUGAUUCUCCAAAGCUCUAACUCUUCCUUAGCUCUGAAAGCCACAUGCUAUCAUUGAAAUCGAGAGAGAAGGCAUCCGUAGACGGGCGCAGCCCAGUCUUUCCACAUAGCCCAGUUCCUCCCCAGCCACUCCCCAUGGGAAUGACCUCUGCAGCUGACCUAAGCUUAUCCUCUCCUUCUUCCUAAGAGUGCAACUUAGAAGUGAGAGCCAAAUCCUAGAAUGUAUCCCUAAAUGCCAUUUCUAUUUUUUAUAAACAUGAAAAGACUGUGCUUUGGAAAUUAAGUCUGUUUGAGAACUGGCAGUCUGGCUGGCACUGUUUAAAAAUGUUUAUUUGCCCUGCAUUUGAAAACUGAAGGUUUCCUAUGUAUUAAAAGCCAUAUUUCCACCUUCUUAAGGGGAAAAAAAAAUCGGACGUCAUAACACUGGGUCGAUGUUUUUAUGGUAACAGUGGUCUGAGGCCCUUGGCAGAUGCUCACCGAGCCACUGUUACUAUCCUGCCUGCCUUUAUCUGCCUUGCCCUGCGAUUAUUUGGCUUUGUAAGCAUAAGCUACAUAAGACAUACUACACCUAAGAAACUAAACAGCAAUGAAAACCCAUACUUCUGAAAAGGGUGUCUUUUAAAAAUUAAGUUUGAUCUGUUGGGAAAUAAAGCACAUAGUUUUCAAAAUGAUUUACCAAGAACUAUGGUCUUUCAAAUGGAGACUGGGAUAUUGUUUUGAGACCACUAUUUUCCUGUUUCCUCCCAAAUGUCAGUCACAUAUAUGAUUACCCUUAAGUUGGUCACUAUCUGUCAAUAAUUUAGGAUUAAAGUUUGAAGUGUAAUUACAUUUGACUUUUAUAGGGAUCUCAGGGUGGACCUCUUAUGAAUACACUGAACCUAUACAAAUGAUCUUAGAAAACAUUUAAUAUCAGAUUUCUUUAUUUUUUUCCAACACAACUGAAUCAGUUUUCUUAAAUAAAAGUUUAUUGUCUACUGUU